AUGGCCUUGGAGGACCUUCAGAAAAGAGACUUCCUGAAAGGAGGCGAUGCCAUCUUCUUCUUCACCAUGCAAGAUCUGAGCCCUCUGCUUACAAAUAACUCACUGCCCUGUGCCGCAAUUCCUGUGCAGAAUUUCACUUCAACUCCUGAGGAGAGUAUUGAUGAUGGUCCCUGUUCACGUGUUACCACUACCACAACGACUACCACGGCAACAACCACCACUCCUACCACCACAACCACCAGUCCUACCACCACAACCACGAGCACCACCACUCCUACAACCACAACCACCACUCCUACCACCACAACCACGAGCACCACCACCACCGCGGACACCGAGGGACCUGAUGUGGAUGGCAGCUCGUGUGACAGCAUUUUGUGCAGCCUCUCCCCUAAGAUGGCUUCCUCACCACUGAUCCUCCUCAUCACCUUGCUCUUGCUGUUGAGUCGCUGAUUACCAGGAUGGGCCAAGGUUCUGCAUUCCAUUCUGCAUUACGGUCUAGAUGCUCAAGGCAAAGAACAUACUUUCUGAUUACAUCAAUGAACAUUGAUGCUAAGGGUUGGCACACCGCUUGCACAUGUACUCAUGGUGAUCUUAUUCUGGGAAGACAGUUGAAAUUCUGUUUAGUUGUUUAGUUGUUCAUCUGGUUUUAGCCAGGUUUCAGUUAGAAAAGGUAUUUCUAUGUGGUUGUCCGUUAUCAACUCAUUUACAAGGGCAGCUUUUGAUGUCAAGGACCGUAUGUUUAUAAGGCCCAGCUUUAGGUUUGUACUGGUAGCGUUUUGUACAGAUAUAGUUUUUAUCUUUAUCAGAUUUCCCUGUCUAUUACCUCUACCAGUGUGAUUUACAGUGAGCUUAAAGUUCAGGGUAAAUAUACAGAUUUAUUUAAUGAGGUAAUAGCUUUUAAGUACCCUCCAUAAUGAGUUAAUUCAUCAAUAAAUAUGUUAAUCCAUAUACUCUAAUGACUUCUAUUGAGAAAAUCACAAGAUAUAUUGUAAAAUCUUAAUCAUUUAGUUGUCUGCAUACUCACUGGCUGUGGUAUAUCUGCCAUUUAUAAUGUAUAUGCUCUGAUUGAUCGCUUGAUGUGUUGUACUUUGUACUCUUAUUGAGGAAAUGUCAGGUGUAGACAUUCAUAUCUUGUGUACAAAGAAACUGCAAUAAAAAAAAUUAAAACAGAA